CACGUCAUCAUCCCGCCCAACACUUACGCAAUCAUUGCGCGACACGGACAGCCUGUCACUAUAUUAGCUAGCAGUGUAAACACCCGAACGUUUGUUGAUGUCUUCUGGUGAAUUAACAUGGAGGACAAACUGAAUACGACUUCAGGAGGAAGAGGACACAUGACCUGCCUGGUGAAAACGAGGUAGUGGACAUCCCUGAAGACGAGAAACUCCGCAAACACACUGUCCACCAUCACAGUAUAACUCCAUUACAAUGAAGAUCCCAAAGCUGGCCUUCGUCUUCCUGCUGGUGGCCUGCUUUGUGAUCUACCUCACCUACGUGAAACGCCACUUCGAGAGCAGUUUCAUGUCCAAGUCAUUACUGGAGCAGCUUUGCAGAACAGACCUCCAUAAGAGACCGACGUCGGCGGAGGUGGUCGGUGAAAUGUUCAGCUACGGCAUUAUGUUUGACGCUGGAAGCACCGGUACGAGAAUACACAUCUUCCAGUUUAAACUGGAACCCAACGCGUCUCCUAAAUUGGGCUCCGAGACAUUUAAAGCAAUAAAACCAGGACUGUCUGCGUACGCCGACGAUCCCGAAAAGUGUAAAGCAGGACUGUUGGCGCUGUUGGAUGUGGCGAAGCAGACCGUGCCUCCUGCUCAGUGGUCCUCCACCCCUCUGGCCCUGCGAGCCACAGCAGGACUCAGGCUGCUGCCGGGAAAGAAAGCAACACACCUCCUCGACAAGGUGAGGGAGGUGUUUGAUGCGUCUUCAUUCCCUCAUAGGCCUGACAGCGUGUCAAUCAUGGAUGGUACAGAUGAAGGGGUGUCUGCUUGGAUCACCGUAAACUUUUUAUUAGGUGGUCUUCAUGGGUCUAAAGUUCCCACAGUGGGCAUGCUGGAUCUGGGAGGCGGCUCGACCCAGAUCACUUUCUCGCCACAGGAUGAGAAAACCAUCCAGACCUCCCCGAUCGAUUAUGUGACGUCAUUUCAGAUGUUCAACAUUAGCCGCACCCUCUAUUCACACAGCUACCUGGGACUUGGUUUGAUGUCUGCCAGACUGGCUGUGCUGGGAGGGGUUGAAGGACAGCCUGUAGGGGGCAGUCAGGAGCUGGUGAGUCCGUGUCUGGCUCCAGACUACACCGGGGAGUGGGAGCAUGCAGAGGUCACCUACACCCUAAAGGGCCAGAAAGCAGGAGAGCCCAUCUAUGAGUCAUGCUUGAGCAAAGUGGAGAAGAUGAUCUACAAACGAGUGCAGAAAGCAGAAGAGGUGAAACAAAUGGAGUUCUAUGCAUUCUCAUAUUACUACGACCGUGCUGUGGACCUGGGCCUCAUCGAUGAGAAGAAUGGAGGCUCCCUUCGAGUAAGCAACUAUGUAGAUGGUGCCAAAUCAGUGUGUAAGAACAUGGAGGCUGGUGCAGGAGAAAACCCUUUCCUCUGUCUGGACCUCACCUACAUCUCAGUGCUGCUGCAGGAGCUCGGCUUCCCCCUGGACAAGGAGCUGAAGCUGGCCAGAAAAAUCAACGACGUGGAGACGAGCUGGGCUUUAGGAGCCACGUUCUAUUACAUGGAAUCUCUUCGCAGACAUUAACCAGGUCCAGUUUUAACAUUUGAGCGCAAAAAACCUCACAGGCUUUUACGAUGUAAGAGGUAAAGACCCUUAUGAGCUGAGAAUGAAUCAAGCACCUGACAAGGAGAAUGCUGAUGUAGGAUCAGCUCAUACAUAUCUUUCUGUUAAACUGUUCGUGAAUAUAAACCCGAACAGCUGAUCCCAGAUCAGCACUCAGUCUGGGAAUAUGAGCGUGAAGAAGAAACACUAGUGUUGCACUAGAUCCAAACUUUGUUUACAUGCACACAAGAGCCCAACUAACACCUGUAUAUAAAAAGCAUUACAAUGCAAAACACACCCAGACACACAAAUACAACUUUCUUUCCUUUUUUCCAAACACACUGCUAGGAUUUCAGAACCUGACAGUAUGCCAGGGCUUCUUCACACACCUGGAAUAGUAUAGAAAUCUAGAAAAUAUUUCAGAAAAAAAUAGUUUUUGGAUAUUUUCUUAUGAAGGACUCAAACAAUAUGGAUCUAAAUUUGUCAUCUUUAGACAUUUUAUUAUUCUCUGCACUAAUGCAGCUGCAAACGUCACAUUUUAUAUAUAUAUAUAUAUAUAUAUAUAUAUAUAUAUAUAUAUAUAUAUAUAUAUAUAUAUAUAUAUAUAUAUAUAUAUAUAUAUAUAUAUAUUAUAUAUUUUACCUGUUCACGAUACAGUUAAUGAACCCCAGUGGUGCUUUACCACCUCACAGCUUCCCGCUUCAAUCCCGAGCUCGGGUUACUGUCCGUGUAGAAUUUCUGUAAAUGUUCUUCCCAUGUCCAUGUGGGUUUCCUCGUUUCUCGGUUUCUUUCCACACAAUAACAGUAGGUGGUUUGGCUGUGCUAAUUCGCCCCUAGGUUUGAAUGAGGGUGUGUCUGUGUACGUGCACGGUGUUCAGCUCAGGAUGUACUCUCACCGCCUCUCACAAAGUAUUUCCAGAAUAAGCUCCAGAUCCACCACGAAUGAAUCACGUGCUUACUGAAGAUGAAAACUGAACAUAGAAAGUCAGAUCUGGAAGGGCACCAAUAAUUAUAUAUAUAUAUAUAUAUAUAUAUAUAUAUAUAUAUAUAUAUAUAUAUAUAUAUAAUGUGUGUGUAGUGUAUGUGUGUGUGUGUGUGUUUACAACAGGCAUCUUCAUAAGUAAGUCUUACGAAAUUCCAAAAAGUCUGAGAGUCAGUGAAAUGCUCUAGACCUGCGUUCACACAGGACAGUGGAAAAGCAGAACACUACUGCUAAUUUUUUUUUUUAAACAAGUUUGCAACUCUGAGCCAUAAUUCUGCCGACAUUUGAAUUAAUAAUUUCUUCAUUUUUUGCAAAUUAGUUGUGUGACGAAUGGCCACGACUGGCUCAAGCAAAUUCCUCACUGCAAAAAAUGAUUUCUUAUUAUAAAUUAAAUCUAAGUUUAUUCAGCCUUAUUUCAAGCUUAAAUUGUUCCUAUUCUACAGAUAUACUGCAUACUGGUUCUUAUUCUUCCUUCUAGAAGAAUUAAAGCUGAAGCUUGAAGCUCGAAAUGUCAAGCUUGAACUGAGUUAAAAUGCCUAGGAAUAGGUUUAAUAAUCUUAUAUUUGGUUUAUUAAAAUCUUAUAAGAGGAAAUACUAGCUACAUUUGAAUGUAUUCAAGAUAUGAUCUUUUCACUUGCUAAGUGCUUGCUCCUGUCCUUAUUCAGGUUGUACAACAUCCUCCCAAUUUUCUACACUCAAAAAAUGGAGAGAACAGAGGUUUUUAGAGAGUAUUACAAAAUGUAAAAAUACAUUUUGAACAAAAGUAACUUGAGUUAGAGUAGAUGGUGUACAUAUUGGCGACUACCAUGUCCUAUCGUGACUUUUAUUAAAAGCUGGACAGGGCAUGCCAGGCCGGACGUCGUUAAGGUCUGGGCCUGGAAUAAAACCUUCAGUUUUAACUAAAUUAUAUUGAU